CUCUCAUCAACUCCCAGUACUCAAGAGAGAGCGGUCGAACCGCGGAGGAAAAAGCUUCAGUCUCUUCAUUGACUUUCUCGAACAAUCCAUUUCUUCUGAACGUUUUUCCCCUCAAUUUCUCCGGUUGGUUUUGAUAGGAAAUGGGUUCGGAUCAGAAAGUGCAUGUCUUUGAGGAAGUCGCCCAGCACAACAAGACUAAGGAUUGCUGGCUAAUCAUCGAUGGAAAGGUUUAUGAUGUAACUCCGUUCAUGGAAGAUCAUCCAGGAGGCGAUGAGGUUUUGCUUUCAGCAACCGGGAAGGAUGCCACCAAUGAUUUCGAGGAUGUUGGCCACAGCGAUGCCGCUAGAGAAAUGAUGGACAAGUACUUCAUUGGGGUGAUAGACAAGGCUACAGUUCCAUUGAAGCGCACUUACGUCCCACCACCACAAGCUCCAUACAAUCCCGACAAGACCCCAGAAUUCGUGAUCAAGAUCUUGCAGUUCCUCGUACCCCUCUUGAUACUGGGAUUGGCGUUUGCGGUCCGACACUACACCAAGGAGAAGUAGUUUACUCUCAACCUCUCACAGUUGCAUGUUCAGGUCGCUGCAGUAGUGCAGUCAUUAAUUUAUCAAAGUUUAAUGUGGAUUUCUUCCCAUGUUUUGGUCUAGUCAUGUGUUUGGAGUUCGGCCAUUCUGUGUAUUUUUAAUAUAUGACAUUUUACUGUGUUUUACUUAUAUUUGAAAUUUGAAGAGUAAUGCAUGUUAGAAACAGAUAUUUGUUCUAA